GCAGCGCUCCCGCUCGGCGCGGCCGUUGGCGGGGCGCGGCUGAUUGGCCGAGGGGAGCGCCCGGGGGCCGCGCGAAGGGAGCGCGGCGCCGAGGGGAGCCCCGCGGCAGGGCGGCCGGUGCGAGCCGAGCGGGCGGCAGCGCCACGCAGAAGGCAGUUGCUGAGAGGGGACCUCAGGAAGCCAUUGGAGGGCUCAGGGACGAGACUGAAGGAUGACGCAGCAGGGAGCUGUUCUUCAGGGUUACAACAAUGAGCUUGUCAAGUGUAUUGAAGACUUGUGUAUGCAAAAAGAGGAGCUGAACAAACAGAUCCAACAAGCAGAAGAGGAAAAAAGUAAACUCCAGCGUGAAAUUCAAGUUCUGAAUGAACAGUUGGAGUGUGUGUGUGAAAACUUGGCUCAGAAGGUAGCUUCGCGGAAUGAGCUUGAUAAAAUUCUUGCUGAAACUGAAGCUGCUUACAUGAAGAUUUUGGAUAGUUCUAGAACUUUGCUUAAUGUCCUGAAGAAGGAAGUGGGAAGCUUAAAGCAUACGCCAGAACUGAAAAGUAAUGUAACCUGAGCUGCCAAAUGUCUGGACUUCCCAGUUCUAAAAUUCCACUAGGUGAGAUGCGGUCAGACACAGAACCCUACAACAGCAGUAUAAGCUGAGGGGGCUUUCUUCCAACCUUUCCACAUUUCCCAUGGUUUUUAAAUGCAUUAGAAAAACUGUAGAUAAAACAGAUAAAAUAAAGUUGUUGUUUUCUUAUUAAAAAUCA